AAAAUUUCUCGAAGAUCCAUUCGUAGAGGGAAAUUUGAAAUUCGCAAUCUCCCCUCAAACACCCUCACAGCUGUACGGGCCCACAUGAGCUGCUCUUCGGGUGAACCAGUUACAAGCAAUACGGUCUACGCAAAGGCCAUAAUUAGAGAAAUCACUCCAGCGCCGGAACAGGACCUUAAUACGCCAGUGAAAUUUCUUCUUGCUUGUGGAAUUCUGAUAAUUCUUUUGCUCUCUGCGCUGACAACCAUCUUUGUGUGUCGAUGCUUUCGAAUGCGCACAAGAAAGCGAACGCCAUCGGGAGCUAGCUCCUCGAGUCCACAGGAUGGGAGCACAUGGAGAGAUGGAUGCAAUGAAUCGCCUGCUGUUUGCGCUACUUCACUUCCUGCUACAACUACGAAUUAUCGCAAAGGUGACUUUCAACUCAUUCCUCAAGCACCCAUGUCAGAGUCCACGAUUAAAGGCAGAAGGGAGGCCCGAAGUGUUACUAUAUUAAAUAAUUCAAUUGAGGGUUAUGAAAUGCUUAAAGGAACUCCUUCAGGGUCCUACAACAGAGCCUCACUUUCCCCAAAAGUUGAAAUGAGAGAACUGUCUUCAAUAUACGAAGGUUCUGUGGCAUCCACGCUUCCGAAAAUAGGCCUUCAUUGUGUGGAAAGACAUCGGCCAAAUGGACUUGGAUCUUUUUGUCCUGUGACAUCCCUCCAGCAUUCCACUGGAGGAUCUGAAGACGUUGUGAUUCGCCCUGAAGAGGGCGAUUUCUCUUAUAGCCUUGUUUCAAGCUAA